UUGACCACUCUGAACCAGAUUACCUCCAUGAAGCUGGAUAUCGACAUUACCAGGAAGUUGGGUGAUGGCUCUGAGGAGGAUGAGCCGUUCGCCAUCAGUGACCGCUGGGAGUUCCAGCGUGAGAGCAAGCGAUGGUCUCGGCUCCCCGCGGGGUCCAUGGGCUCAGACCCUGGGGGUCCAGGCAGCCGGGAGAGCCUGCUGAGCGACCUGAGCUCCAGCCACAGCACAUCCGCUGACAGUGUGCGGGGUGGCUCGGCAGUGCUCAGCACCCAGACCCUCAGAGACCCCUGUGUCGCCGUGAAAACCACUCCAAACUCUGUGGCCAAGCCCCGCAAACACAGGACCAAGAGCUUCCUGCGGCACAUCGACUCUCUCCGCUGGAGGAGCCCGCAGACCAAAGUCAAAGCAGCUCAGGGCGGCACGGAGCCCACCCACAGCACCGUGCUACACAAAGUCCUGCCAGGCCAGGGCCCCAGGCCUCCACCCAGUGUCAAUGGGGAGCCCCAGUCCUGGGAGGCAGGUGACUCCCCAGCCCCCAGCCUCACAGCGGGGCUUCGCAAAGGCUUGACCAGCAGCCGCUACCUGGAGGACUGCAAGCUGGAGGCUGCAUCCUGCGGCCUGGGCUGGGAUGACCAAUCGGACGAGGAGCAGCUGGUCCGCAUCCCCGCCAACCACAAGCCCGGAACAUUCCCCAAAGCCCUGUCGCUGGAGAGCCUGUGCCCCGGCCACGACCAGCGACUGUUGUGGUGGAGGACAGAGAACCUGAGUGUCCGCGGGGGUGGGUCCUGUGGCUCGGUGGGCAGCCGGCACAGUGUGUACGAUAACGUGCCCGAGGCCUGCCCGCUCAACCCCGCCUUCGACAACCUGGACGAGGUUCUGAGCCAUGUGAAUGGGGAGAGGCAGAGGGUGGAGGCCUGGUCCCAGGUGAUGUGUCCUGAGCUGGAGGCCUCAGGCCCGGCCAGGGAUAAGCCUGAACUGCAGGCCGGGGGCCCGGUCGAGAAGGAACCCGCCCUGUCGGGCAGUGAUGUGGACACCAGCGGUGCCUCACUGACCGAGGGCGAAGACAUGGAGAUGAGGGAGAGGAGUGACUCUGGCGUGGGAGCCUCCCUGACCCGGCCCAACAGGAAGCUGCGCUGGACCAGUUUCCAGAUCUCGCACCGUCCGAGUGUGACCUCAGCGUCGCUGGAGAUAAACCGACAAUCAGCAGCUCAGCUCCACCGUCUCCAGCGCUUCUCCCUGCUCAGCCUGACCGUCACCAUGGAGAGGCACAGCCUGGUCAGCCGGCAAAGCGGGCGCUGGGUGGUGCCGCGGUUCCUGAGGAGGAGUAAAGCCCUCGAUUACCGGGACAAGCGGGUGUUUGGGGUCCCACUCAUCGUCAACGUGCAGCGCUCAGGGCAGCCCCUCCCCCAGGGCAUCCAGCAAGCCCUCCGCUACCUCCGCAGCCAGUGCCGGCAGCAGGUUGGGAUCUUCAGGAAGUCGGGAGUGAAAUCCCGGAUCCAGGUGCUGCGGGAGCUGAACGAGGGCCGGCCGGAGCAUACUGACUACACCACACACUCCCCGUAUGAUGUGGCCGACAUGCUCAAGCAGUAUUUCCGGGACCUUCCUCAGCCCGUCUUCAGCAGCAAACUCACCAACACCUUCCUCCAGAUCUACCAACAUGUGCCAAGGGAGGAGCAAGUCUCAGCGUUGCAGGCAGCUAUUGUGCUGAUGCCGGAUGAGCACCGGGAGGUGUUGCAAUCACUGCUGUAUUUCCUCAGUGAUGUGGCUGCGGACAAUGAGAACCAGAUGACAGCGAGGAACCUGGCCGUGUGCCUGGCCCCCUCCCUCUUCCACCUCAACCUGCCCCGCAAGGAGGCCUCCUCCCCCAGGAUGCUGCCCAGACGGACGGCUUUGAGCAAACCCGACCAGAGAGACCUAAGCGAGAACCUGGCCGCCACCGAGGGCCUCAGUCACAUGAUCACAGAGAGCAAGCGGCUUUUCCAGGUCCCUCUGGACAUCAUGACCCAGGUAAGGAGCUCAAACGCGGGGGCUGAAUGGCAUCCGAUGCCCCUGGCUGUGCCAGGGAGCGGGGGGGGAAGCACGGUCAGAUUAUGCCAGGCUGGGCUGGAGGCCACCUUCCACGAGCUGCUGAUAGAGGCUGAGGAGAAGUUCCGUGGCUGGGUGAGCGCCACAGGUCCCGGCAAUACCCAACUCUCCUACAAAAAGGCUGGUGAUGGGCCGCCCCUGCGGCUAUGGAAGGUCACGGUGGAGGUGGAGGCAGCCCCACGUUCCGUGUUGAAUCGCAUCCUCCGGGAACGCCACCUGUGGGAUGAGGACCUCCUGGUUGGGAAAGUUCUGGAGCAUUUUGAAGGAAACACGGACCUUUACUAUUACGUGCAGGACAGCAUGGCCCCCCACCCCAGACGCAGUUUCACCGUGCUCCGGAGCUGGUGGCAGGAGCUGUCGAGGGGUGUGUGUGCUCUGGUCACCACCUCGGUGGAGCCGGACCUGGGAGGGGAUGAGGGAGCGGUGCAGGCUCUGGUGCUCACAGCUCAGUACCUGAUGGAGCCGUGUGGCUCUGGCCACUGCAGGCUCACUCACAUCUCCAGGACUGACCUCAGGGGCCGGAGCCCGGAAUGGUAUAAGCAGGUUUAUGGCUAUCUUUGUGCUGUGGAAGUCGCUCGGAUACGAGACUCGUUUGUGCAGUCGAUGCCAAGGGGAGCGGAAGCUGGAAUGUGAGCGAGGAUUUCUGUGGGAGAUGGGAUUGUCUCCUGCCUCAGCAACAGGCCGUGAUCGCCCUGGAGUUUUCCUGACUGGACAUUCCUAACAUUCCUGUGGCUCCCAGUCUCUCCGGGACACUUUCUUACCUGAAUGUUCAGCUGGAGAUGUGUUGGAGGGGGCAAUGACUGGACCCUGUGGGGG